GGGCACGACCUCGUCAACACCGUCGCAUGACCUAUCCCCGUGACCUGGACAGUAUGAUGAUGAAGCCAGCAGUCUCUCUUCAACCACCACACAGUCACAACCAGCACCUUGGCUAUCAGAAACAGUUUACUCUCUGUCGUGCAGUGAAAAUGGGCAAGUGGGCUAAGUACGGCAAGAAAUACAAGAAAGAAUGGGAAAAAGAAGAUGGUCUCAGAGAAUGGAUUUCUGGUGUGCCUGGUGAUGACUCUGUUGCAGCGUGCAAGUUCUGCAAAACAACAAUUAGAGCCCAUCACAGUGACCUUGUCAGUCAUAGCUCAACUGAAAAGCACAGAAAAAAUGCAGCCCCAUUUUCAAACAUGAGAACAUUUCAAUCCGGCAUUAGAAAAACAAAUGCCAAUAACAGCAUGAAAAUUUGUGAACUGAUAUUAGCAGCUCACAUUGCUUGCCAUUCAAGCAUUAACACUAUUGAUCACCUGGCUGAAGUUGUGGGAAAAAUUUCAAAUAAGGAAAUCUCGCUACAUAGAACGAAGUGCACAGCACUUAUAAACAAAGUACUGGGACCCUCUAUGCUGAAGGAACUAUGCAGUGAUAUCGGUGAUAAUGAUUACUCAUUGAUAAUUGAUGAAAGCACAGACAUCACCACAAAAAAGAAACUGUGUUGUUGUUCGCUAUCCCAGCUACUCAAAGAAGAGAAUUAUCACUUCGUUCUUGGGUUUGGUGGAAUUGGAAAGGGGCACAGCUGAGGUGGUCACAACAUCUUUACUUGACUUCAUAGAAAAUCAUGCCAAACUGAACGUCAAAAAAUGCAAUGGUUUGGCAACUGAUGGAUGCAACACUAUGUGCGGGACACACAACUCUGUUAUGUCAAGAUUUUGUGCAUUAAACCCACACGUGACACACAUCAAAUGCAUAUGUCAUUCAUUGCAUUUAUGUACGUCAUAUGCAAUGCGAAAGUUGCCCUCUCACCUUGAAUUCAUGGUGUCACAGACAUAUAGAUAUUUUUCACACAGCACGCUUCGUCAACAAAAGUAUGCAGAACUCUAUUAUACAAUCAACGUGGGAGAACAACCACUGAAGUUGCUGAAGUUGUCAGGGACGCGAUGGCUGGCUAUUGCACCAUGUAUAACAAGGAUUCUGGAGCAGUAUGAUGAGCUGAAACUCCAUUUUGAGAUAUCCAAAGAUGAGGAGGAGAAGAACUACACUGCCGAUUUGUUGUACCAGAUGUACUCAGAUCCUGCCAACAAGUUGUACUUGGCUUUUCUGCAGCCUGUGGUGUCCCAGGUCAACCGGGUUAACAAAUUGUUUGAGUCAGACCGGUGCAAUGCCAACAGACUCCUGGAAGAUUUGAUGUCCCUCUACAAGUCCAUUCUCCAGCGACUCAUGAUGCCGCGAACUUUCUGCACGUGGAGAGCUGUGGCAGAUUAUGAUGUGAACGACGAACGGAACCAUCUGCCGCUGGAAGCUGUGGACUUCGGUGUGAAGUUCUACAUCGAACUGGGUCAGAGCAGGUUGGACAGCGGAAUUGUUCACACCGUUAAGAAGCACGGGCGUGACUUCCUGAUGAAGCUUCUUCAGGAGCUGCAGCAAAGGCUUCCAUCAAAUAUUAACCAUCUCCAGAGCUUGGAUGCCCUGACCUCCAGAAACCGUUCUCGGAGUGAGGAAACCAAGACUGCAGGAGCUGUCUUUCUUACCAAAAUAUUCGGGGGAUAUUGGUAAGCUCGACGGGCAGUGGCAAAGACUUGGCAACUGUCAGCUGGCCAAAAGAUGUGAUAAACGACUCCGAAAAGUUUUGGUUAACUGUUAACAGCCACCAGGACGCCUCAGGGGAGCGGGAUUUUAAGGAGGUAGGGCAGUUUGCUCUGUCCAUGCUUUCGCUGCCCAUUAGCAAUGCCUCUGUUGAACGGGUUUUUUCCCAAAUGAACUUGAUAAAGAAUAAACUUAGGAACAGGAUGCGUCCCCGCUCCCAGAAGCCGCCUGACACUCUGGGAGCCGCCUGACGCUUUCGCUUGGCGGCAACAGAUGCUUUUGUCGCAAUUUUUGCACAUUUGCGACGUAAAGCCACGUUCUUCUUUGGCCUAGGCAUUGUCUGCAAUGCCUCCAAGUUGAAGAAAGUGUACACCAAGAAGUAAAAGCCCGAAUAAAGGCAAUCACGGGGGCAACACCAGGUUAAGGAGCACGUAGCUUCUCUCCUUCCACGGCGUCAGCCAGCACUGGGGGGGGUAUCGAUCGCCUAGAGGCCAGCCUCCCCCCAACUCCAGUGUUGCCAACUACCUCUUUUAUAUGAAGUGACUUCUACAAAAAAAAAAAACGUAAAAACGAAAAAAUCUAUAAAACAGAGGGAAAACAUGAGUAGUAAUAGCAAAAGUAUUAAAGGGCACGAUAUAAACAUACCACGCCUCCCGGCCAUUUAAUAGUUAAAAAACAUGCUUGGAACCGCAGUACUGCCAUGAAACUUCGUGGUGGUAUUGCCAAGACCUUUGGUGAUUUUUCAGUGCACUUAACAAAUUUUCAUGAAUUUACGGAUUUUUCACUGAAAAUACCGACGGAUGGAAAUUAAACUUCCCUUACAUUUGGGGUUAUACAAGGACACAUUUAUUUAUUUUGCCUUUUCUCAUUGCCCAGUGUCACAGGAAGAGGAGGAGGAGAAAACUGACAGGCAGAUAAAGACUGAUAGAUACAGCCAAACAGAUAGACAGACUGAUAGAUUAACAGAUGGACUAAGAUAGACAGACUGAUAGAUUUAGAUAAAUGCCACAACUAAAAACACCCACACAAUUAAUUAAGGUAAAUAUUCCAUAAUGAAUUCAUGUUUCCCCUCUCAUUAAUUAAAAAAAAUUCAGUAUGCCUAAGUGUCAUUAAUACCACUAGUAAAAAAUUAAAUAAUGAAUUAAGUCAAUACAUAAAUAAAAUACUAUUAGAAA